AAUAAAAUUAAGAAGAUAAGAUAAGUUAAUAUGUUGUGCAAGUCCUAGUAUUUUGUUUUGAAAAUUCUUUCUAUUUUAAAUAAAAUCAUGCAUUUUGUCCUAUAACCAUGCCUUAUCCGAUUACGCCCUCCUUUGAUCACUUUUAAGAAGAUUAAGAUUAAGAUUAAAAUUAAGAAGAUAAGAUAAGAUAAGAUAAUAAGCUGUGCAAGUCUUAGUAUAUUGUUUUGGAAAUUCUUAUAACCAUGUCUUAUCCGAUUAUGCCCUCCUUUGAUCACGUUUGUUUCUCCUUAGAUGGUAAGGCUACAUGAAACUUAAUCAUGUCAUUACACAUUACUUGAUGAACUGAUCUAUGAGUUUAGGUGGAUAAAAGAUAAAGUCUCCCGUUGCUUGUAUCUCGUACCACGAUGUACAUAACAAAGGGUCCAAACCCGUUUUGGCUAAUAUUUCAUGCAUUACAAGAUAGACCAUAGUCCAUAGCAAAAAGAAAGAGGGAUCUAAAUCUACAUAGGCUGAAUUCAUACUACUAAUUACCUCAACUUAACUAUCUAAUUCGACCAUCUAUCUCCAAGGCUGUCAUUUAAAUAUUUGAACUCAGUUGGGGAAUUGUUGAUGUGGCGCUUCAAUUUAUCAGUAAGUGAAUGCACAACUUCAGCCAGAUCUUUUUUUGCCAUCCAAAUGUGCAUUGGAUUCAACCAGUGUUUCUUGAAAUGCCAAUAUCUUCUUUUUGGUUUCCUCGAUCGUGGCAUUCGAGGAUGUCAUCUCAUCAUUAUACUUCUGUAUCUCAUCUUCAACAUUCUUGAUCGCUUGUUUGAUUGACAACAUCUUGUUGAUACGAUCUUAUGUCACAGUGACCUCAAAUCCUUGUCUUUCCAACUCAGAUAAAUUGAUGAGAAUGUCCUUCAACAAAGUCUCGACACCAUGGAUCCAAAGAUUGGAUAUUGUCUCCAUCAGAUUGGAGAAAGUUACGAUCAUACUAAUGACUUCACCUUUACGACAAUACUCUUCACGUUCCAUGAGAGAGAUGAAAUUAAUUUUUUGUGUCAUAUUCCUGAAUAUUUUCAUGGAUUCGAUUGAUGACCAAGCUGGUGACCUCUUCACGAUUGGGAACACUACAAGGUAGAAGAUAAGUACAUAGCUAACCCAAGUUUUGAAGUAGGGAAACAACAAAGGGAUCAACUUAGAGCAUUUUACUGUCUUCCUUAGCAAUCCAGGAAUAGAAAAUGAGCUAUAUAAUGUCCCCGCUUGAUCCUCCAAAUUAAUCUGCAAAGAGAGACAUGAACAUGGUAGAAAGAAGAAAAAACACCAACAAUCAUAUUAUAAAAAAACAGAACCUUCUCAUGGACUUUUCAUUUGUGGCAUACAAAAUGGCUAAAUCCUCAAUAGUUGAGGUGCCAUUCUUUUUUUCUUGAUUAAUAUGGUCGUAACUUGGAACCCCUUUCUCGUCUCGAAACCAAAUUUUAUAGGCUCGCCGCUCAAGUAGACCCAUGCUCCUAAGAGCUGAAAAAUUGGAGCACUCCUAUAGAUUGUGUUCUCUUUCAGUCUGGGGAUAAUCGUCGACUAUCAUGCUAGAAUACAGUGCGAGCAAUGACGAAAACCCCGUUAGACCCACAACCAUUUGCAGACACAAAACUCUAGAUAUAUAGGUUUGACGCUCAGAUAAUUCUAGGCUCACAUUCCUAGGAACUAAAAAAUUGAAACCAAACCCUCCUAGCCCGGGUGUAUAAGGGGAAGUAUUUUCCGCGUGGGUCCUUCCUCUCAGCGACUGCUCGAUCACGGCCUUCCUGGGGGUGGCAAAGUAUUCUGUAUGGUAGGGAGCUGCUCGUUCGUGGGCUUAGAUGGCAAGUGGGGGAUGGUAGGGAGGUAAAUGCGUUAACUGAGUGUUGGAUACCAGCGCUCCAUCCUAACCCGCCCACGGUGAAUCCAAGAAUUUUCCCUGAGGAGGAUCUAAAGGUGGCGAAUUUUGUUUGCCCAGUUGAGGGGCGGUGGUUGGUGGAUAAAUUGGGUGAGUGGUUUCCCCCUGAUGUUUGCCGUGCUAUUCGUAGUAUUCCGUUGCCUAGGAGGGCGAUGGAGGAUAGGCUUGUUUGGCACAUGACAGGGGAUGGGGUGUUUUCGGUGAAAUCUGCUUAUCAUCUGGCUGUAAGCUUGGAUCAGCAGGCUGGAGGCUGGCGCCCAACAGUUAGUUGGAUGGAUCGGGCAAGUUGGAAGCGGGUGUGGAAUCUCGGGAUUCCGCCCAAGUUGAAGGUGUUCUUAUGGCAAGUGUUGCAUCGUUUCUUGCCCACUACAGAGGCGCUUAUCGGGAGGAGGGUGGCUGUUCAUCCCCGGUGCCCGGUUUGCUGGGAUGCGCCGGAGACGAUGGAGCACCUCUUUUUUGACUGUCGGGUGGCUCGGGCGAUGUGGGAUUAUGCGGGGUUAGAGCAUGUGGGCCAAGGGUUGCCUCGCCAUACUUUCCCUAUUUUUCUGAACAGACUGCUGGCCAUCAUCAAAGACCCUUCGCAGAUCAUGGCGGUGGUGGCUGUGCUCUGGCGAAUCUGGAAGUCAAGGAAUUGGGUGGUCUUUGAGGGCAAACAAUUUGGGUUUCCGGCUUUACUCCGUCAGUACCACCAGCAGCUGGGGGAAUGGGUAUCUCUCCCGAGGGAGGGGAUGGGGUGCAACCCGGUGGAUUGUAUUCCUCGGGUGCCCCAUGCCCCCCAGGGUACCAUUGUUUGUAGGUGGGAUGGAGCGGUCAGGUAUGGGUCGCAUUCGGCUAGGGGGGUGGUGUUGCUGGGCCCGGACAGGGAGGUGGAUGGUGCUAUAGGUGUCUAUCUUCCAGAGGUGGAUGAUCCGAAGCUCGUUGAGCUUUUGGUUUUCAGGGAGGCCAUCCUGUGGUGCCGCAACCGAGGGCUCAGGCAGGUUCAAUUUGAGGGGGAUGCAAAGGUGGUGAUUGAUAGGCUCAAUUCGGCCCAAGGGAGUGAUAGUACUGCGGGUGCGAUUUUUCGUGAAGUGCUGCUCUAUCUGGCGGAGAAUGAAGGGUUUAGGGUUCGUUUCGUUGGUCGGCGUAGUAACAGGGUAGCCCACAUGGUGGCUAGAAAGGCCCUUUCUUUGUACCCGACAGCGAGUCGGUCUUUUGAUUUUGUAGCCUGGUUAAGGCAUAUGAUGUAACGAUCUAUUCUUCAGUAUCAAUAUAUGAUUAUCUUUUGUCAAAAAAAAAAAAAAGAAACCAAACUUCUAUUGAUAAGUAAUUUGAUCAUCUGUUGAUAGUAUUUUUAUUACUUAUAAAUUGCGAAUAAAUUUGUACUUUCUUGCUAUUUUGUUCGCUAUUAAACAUCAAAGGUAGAUCGUUUGAAAAAUAAUUGCAAACUUAUUUUUAAAAAACUGCCAACUCAUUAUUAAAAUUGUGUUAAUACUUUUAUUAAUUAUGUAUUGGGAAAUAAGAUUUAUUUUUAUAUUUGAUUCAAUAUUAUUUUGUAUUGUGAUUGUUUUGGUGAUUAUCAAAUUUUCAGCAUUGGAAAUUUUGAUUUUUUGGCCAAAAAUUUAUUUCCAAUCAUCAAGUAGGACUUUCCGUAAUUACAUCUACCUAUAUCUACUAAUUAAUUAAUCAUAAAUAUCUUUCCUAAAUUCUAUUUAACAAUAAUGAGAAAUUCUUAUUAUAAAAAUAAAAAAAGAGGAAGGAUAAAUAAUAAGUUCUUAGUAUAAAUCUUUUAGUAAUUAUUAAUUACCAUUAAAAACAAAAACGUAUUCACCUCCCUCAAAUUGUUGUUUACCUCAUCUCUCCCUUCUUUUAUCUCUUCUUCCUCUCACAAAAUUCCUAGAUCUAGCUCCCUUAUUCCUUAUACCCUUCACUAUUCCAGAGCAGAGAGGAUCUCAUUUCUUCCCUCCCUCUAUUCUUCUUUCUUGCGAACUCCCUUCACUAACUCCUUCUUUCUCUUUUCUGGAAACUCUUUCAAUUCAGAAGAAAGAGAGCUAAUCCCGCUUUCUUCUUCCUCAACCUUCCUAACCGGCCUAGAAAACAACUUAGAUCAAUCCAAUCAGACAUGGAGAGCUUCGAUCAAAGUAAGAUCGAGUCAUGCAUGUGCCUUUCCUUUUGUUUUUGGUAUUUUUCUUCAUUUUAAUUGAGUUUUCCCCCUAGUUUUGGAGUCCUGAACGUGGAGGAAAAUGAGAACCUAGAGUUGGCUGGCAAUGUCAUCGUCGACGAUCAACGGUGACCCAACACUGUUACUUUAAGUGGGUGAUGCUCUUUUUUGGGAUUAAUUCUUCGGAUUUUUUUCCUCUUUGAAAUCCUUUGAUUCUAAUUGUGUUCUUUCUUUUGUAGGUGAGGAAUUUUCUGAUUUUGUUGAAAGAAGAACAAAGAAGAAAAAGAAAAGAGAGAGAGGGGAGGAGAGAGAUUAUGAAAAAAGGAAAAUAAGUUCCCUCCUGAUAUUUUCUCCGAUUUGUAGGGAUCGAUUAUUGGAAGAGAGAGGGCGAGGAAGAGAGGGAUUCAGAAUUGUCAAUAAAGCCCUUCCACACUGUGCGUCUGUUACAGCAGAGGCUGACAUGGCAAAGGCUGUUUUUUGACAUUGGCUUAUAGUAUUUUGUACCUAACAACUAGUGUCAUUGUGGCAGGAAUAUACAUGUGUAUGAAAACAACAAUCAUAACCACUUCCACUAAUUUCAGUGUGGUCUUGUUUAAAGUAGUGACAUAAUAACCACUUUCACUAAUCACCCUAAAGAGAAAAAGCAAUGGCAUAACUUUGAUGAGCGAUGUGUAUGAAAACAACUAGUGUCCUCCGCGACAUCCGACAAUGUUAUUAGUUUGUAGUUCAAAAAAUAAGCUAGGUCAACCAUCCUUGCAGUGGUCCACAGUGAGCACGUUUAAAUUUGAAGUUCUCACAAGAACUCUUCCAUUUCACCCCAAAAAAGCGUCUUGUUAGUGAAGAUUGUUUCUUACUCAUGAAUCAUGAUAUGACCCAGAUCCGAAGAGAACCCUCGAACUCGGAUGAUAAAACCAAAGUAUGCAGCUCCAACGAUCAUUUCUUAAUUUUCUUGAUUUCCUUGAUUCCUCGAAUUUUUUGAUUUUCUCGAUUCCUAGACUUUCUGGAUAUUCUUGAACUCGGAAAUAAAAAGAUAAGGUCGAACACAAUCAAAUAGAUCCUAAAUCGUGUGAAGGGUCAGUUGGUAUAUUAAACCAACCAAAUAAUCACUAACUCGUUGAUAAGGCCAAUAGCUAUUAGGUAGAUGCUCGCCAAAACUAGACGCAUUCUCUAGUUGAUAAGAGACAUGUGAAAAUCUCCUGGAUCCUCGACAGAAAUAUUUGCACAAACGUUCAUGAAUUAACACGAGUAAACACUCUAUAACUUGAUUUGAAUAUUCGAUACAAAAUUCGUAGGUACACCCUCUAUUUAUGGUGACACAAUAACAUAAAACUAACCUUCUAGAAAUAGGAAAAUAAAUCAAAGCAAAUAAUUAAAACAAUUAAGUUCCAUAUUGCACUGCUUGGGUAAGAUCAGGUGAUUAGGGGGGUCCCUUAGUCACAUGACUAAGCCAAUCUCAGCCUUUGACCCUCAUUCAAAUAUAAUGGUUCUAAUUAAUACAAUUUCAUAAAGAGU